AUGGAAGAUUACGCACCUGUACCUAAUAAAAGUCAACAUGUGAGGCUCAGUAUUAAAAAUGAAGACGGGCUCAAAAACGUUUGCGAACAAGAAAAUAAUUUGUUUAAUAAUUGCAAAGAGAAUCACCUAGUAGACAAUCAUUUCUUGUCUGACGCCUUGUCGAAUCCGCUAAAACGUAACCCUACACUAACGUCAAAAAUAAAUUGUCAAUAUAUAAACGACAAUAGUAAUUCGUUGAAACAAUUCUCUAAACUUAUCAACACCAACAGAAAUGUCAACAAAGCUUUAAACUUCAAGCAAGAGUUAUUUAUAUUGAGCGAUAAUAUUGGGUAUGAUAAUAAAAUCGGACUCAAUCACUAUAAAUAUGAAAAGAACAAUUUUUUAAAUGAAUCGACCAUAAUGAGUAUGAAUUGCUUGGAUUAUAAAUCAACAACCAAAACCCAAUUAGAAGAUUAUGAUGACAAACAAGCAAAUAACAUUAUAAGUGUUUACAAUAUAACUCAGAGUAAACAGAGGAAGCGUACUCAUUACACUCAGGAACAAUUGAGUAAUUUGGAAGAGUUAUUUCAGAAAAAUCAUUAUCCAAAUUCGGAGGAGAAAAAAAAGUUAUCGUAUCGUAUUGAUAUUGAGGAAGCUAAAAUUCAUGUUUGGUUCCAGAACAGAAGAUCAAGGGAAAAUAAAAUGAAGAGAUUCAUCAGCAAAAAACCUAAAUUAACAACGAUUCAUUCUGAUUCUAAUCUGAAUGCCUUGAGUUCUCAAGAAAAGGGUCAACAAGCUUUGUUUGAAUCGCAUCAUGCAAGGUGUCAAGAAAAGAGAAGCAACUUCUCCACGUCUAAUAUUAAAGAACAUUUGUAUCGUGAUAAUAAUUUUGACUCGAAAUCUUCUGACGAACUUCAAAAUUUUAAGGAAUACAAGAACGAGAAUCUCAGUAGAAUAUACGGGUCAUUAUGGUCCAACAUGCUAGGAACGUUGCCACCUCAAACGACUCACUACACUUAUCAAAUGAGUGGCUUCAAAUCCUCCAACAUUAAUAUCAAACCCUAUCCAUCUCUCAUCAAUAACAACAUCUAUAGCGAGCAUAAUUAUAAAACCCUAAAUCAGCAGCCCUUUAACAAGUCAGAGACUUGCAAAAUAGACACUGAAAAUUUUUCUUCGAAUGUCAAUAACAAAUAUGAUAAUACCCAAGAUCACAACACACUCUGGUAUUUUUCUAAGGCAACGGAUGAUAGUAGCAAUAUAGACAGCGGGGUGGGAUCCGAAAUGCUUUAUGAUUUUAACAAUGAUAACACCUGCUAUGCUUCUUCUUGCAAAAAUAACAAUGGCGCAGAAAAAGAUCUGGUUGAUGACUUAUCCACGCCUAACGUUUUCUCUUUACAAAUGCCGGCAUUGAAAAUGAAACAAACCAUCAAUAUCAGGUUACCUUCACCGCCAUUACUUCCAUUCGGUUCUGAAACUCCGUUGACAAUUAACUCCGAAGAAUCUAUGAACAAUUUAUACUAUACAAAUGAAGGAAAAUCUCCAUCAUCAAAUUGUUAUGAUAAUCUUGAUACUAUUUCCACCUUUCGACCUACCUUUUAUACAUCUUCCCCGAGUUAUCAUAUAAAUCGAGCAAGAAUCGACUCAUUCUCUAGCCUCAACGAUAUAUUACAAAAUCCAUUGUUCGGAGUGGACUCAAAAAAUACAAAUCACGAAGAUUUCGAGAUAUCUGACAUUUUGCAAGAAUCAUUUUUCGAUUCGCCAUUUUUUGUGUUAGGUGAUGAUCCUCUGUGCAGGGGAUAUCAAUCAACCGAUUUUGAUUAA